AUGCCGCCCUCGCUCCCACCUGAGCUGACAGACCAUAUUAUCGACCACCUUCAGCCCGCUCCCAAGUCUCUAAAGGCGUGCAGUCUCGUAUGCAGCGCGUGGCGGCCCCGAGCUCAGCAUCACAUCUUCGAGCGGGAAGUGCUGAUCAGUCAACCAAAAUACGACGUAUACCAGAAGCUCAUCGAAGAGUCCCCUCGCAGCUGUAGACACAUACGUGCGCUUGGUAUAACUCAACCCCCGGAAACUCUCACGACAGGUGGUGAUCCCAGAUUCCUGCAAUUCAUGCAUGCGGUGCCCCUCGUCUCGGAUACCUUCUCCAGGGUCACUAGGUUGGCCUUGAGAUGCGUACAUAUCGGGACUCUGCACCGGUCUGAGAACUUCAAACUGGACACCGUCACCGAAUUGCAUCUCCAGACAAUUUUGACACCGUACCUCACCACUCUCGCAGAAUUCAUUUGCUCUUUCCCAAAUCUCGCGAAGCUCACCGUACUCAAGCUUCAUGUGGCCGCCGAUUUCUCCCGCUCCCCCGUUCCCGGACAGAAUCUCAUCGCGCCUUGCAACCCUCUUCUGUCAAAGCCGGCAAUCAAGUCCCUCCGCUUCAGAGGUGGAUUUCUUCGGACCAGCAACCACAUUCUGCUGACGGCAUGGCUGUUUUCCGAGUCAAUGCUCGCCUCUCUAACCGAGCUCGAGAUUGACAUCCAGCACGAGGCUGACAUUUCUGUCCUGGCAGAGGUUCUGAAGGCCUGUGGACCGCAACUGCGGAAAUUGUACCUGGAUGUGAAUCUUGUAGAUAUCAAUGAGGACCUGUGUGACAGAUUGACAUUGAGGCACUGCUCUAGUUUACGCACCCUCUCUUUCAAUUCACUGCACAUGGCUUCCCAAGGCGAAGGUGUCAUCAUUCGGAAUCUCAAAUGGGUGUCCAAGGCGCUUGAAGUGAACUCUCCGCACAUAGAGGACAUUCACUUCAAGAUCCACGCGGGCGGUGCAGUUGCUGAAGAUAUGGGCAGGCUGAACUGGAAAGAGGUUGGAGAAACUCUCUGUGCGGAACGAUUUAACACUCUGCGGCGAGUGGAGUUCUUGGUCUGCCGCGGACAAACAUGGAGGGACAAGAUCAUCACCUAUAUCAAGGCUCAAGUCCCCGGACUCGAAGCUAGAGGUAUUACAGAUUAUCGUCACAUUGAAGAAUGA